CAUCGCUUCCAGGGAAGAGGAGAGGGAUGGAUGGGGGGCCUUAUCCGGAUCGUAGCGUGAUUGUUGUUGCCUUGGUUGCGAACCCCACACCCUUCGACCCUCUUCACCAUUUUGCUGUUAGCUCUUCGAGCAUUCUCCCCCCUUGUUGUCUCUCUCCCCUCGUACCCCCUUCCCUCGUCUCGGUAGGGUUUUGUUGCCUCAGUUUCAGCUAUGGCGUGUGUUGCUGAUGUGAGUCGCGCUGCAGUGUGCGCCUCGGGGGCCUCUGUUUCCAGCAGCAUUGUCAAGGCCAACGCCACCCCCCGUGUGUCCAUCUCGGCAUCGCCCUUCUUUUGUCCGGGAGUGAAGUCGCUGUCUGCUUCCGCCUCCCCUGCUCGUGGCGUCGUGCGAACUGGAGCACCCCUGGUUGUGGAGAUGGCGAAGCGCGAGGAGGAGCUCGUGGCCAUUCGGAAUAUGAGCGACGAGGACAUUAACCAGACGGUGGUAGACUUGAAGGGAGAGAUGUUCUUGUUGAGAACCAAGCAAGCUACCCGACAGGAGUACAAGAGCAGCGAGUUCCGCCGCAUUCGUAAAUAUAUUGCAAGGAUGUUGACCGUAAAGCGUGAGAGGGAAAUCGAAAGAGGCGUUUCAAUUAGGGAGUCGAGGAAACUCGACAGGGAAUGGAAGAGGAACAUUGUUAUCAGGCCUCCUCCAUCGUACGCUGCCAGCUUAGCUGAGCAAGAGAAAAAGUAAAUUUUUUCAUCUGAUGGGCGCAAGGCCUGCAUAGCUGUAUUAGUUGACAUUCAUUAGUCACGUGUUUCAGAAUCCAUGACGCGAAGCAUUCUCAUAUUUCAGUUGAUUGAAUCCUGUACUACUUGUAUUCUUGGAGAAUUCUUCAUUAUCCGAAGAUGAUGCUAUUGCAUAAUAGCCCAUUGCUUACGAUCUCUUUUAGGUCGAAAUCCUUUUUGCAAUG